CCCUGGAGGAGCCCAGAGCAUGGGGGGGGAGAUCGGCGGCUAGUCGCUGGUAGUCUCUGUGUGUGUGAUGUCCCGGUGCCCUGGCUGUCUCCGACACAGCGGGGGAGGGCAAGGCGAAAGGGAAGCGGGAGAAGAGGCAGGCAGCCCGGCUCAGCCAGCAGCUUGAGAAAGCAAAGGCAGCAGGGUUUGACAGCAGCAGCAGCAGCAGCGGGGGAAGAGGAGUUCAGUUCCUGAGCCGCAUUUCUCCCCAAGUCAAUGGAGCUGGAGAAUAUAGUCGCCAACACGGUCUUGUUAAAAGCCAGAGAAGGUGGUGGCGGAAAGCGCAAGGGUAAAAGUAAAAAGUGGAAAGAAAUAUUGAGGUUUCCUCAUGUGAGCCAAUGUGAAGAUCAAAGGAAAUCAAUAGAGAGAGACUAUUCCAGUCUGUGUGAGAAGCAGCCGAUUGGAAGAUUACUUUUUCGUCAGUUCUGUGAAGCACAGCCUGAACUUCAGCACUACAUCAAUUUUCUUGACCUAGUGGCAGAGUAUGAAGUUAUGCCAGAUGAAAAACGUGAGGAAAAAGGACAAGAAAUGAUCAGUAAAUACCUCACCCCAGAGUCCCCAGGAUAUAUACGAGAAGUCAGCGAGGAUAUUGUCCAGCAAUGUAAAGAGAAACUUGAAAUGAGUGCGUGCAAAGAGCUCUUCUGUAACUGUGUAAAGUCAGUGCACGAUUAUCUCAGUGGACAACCAUUUAAUGAAUACCAGGAAAGCAUGUAUUUUGAUCGUUUUCUACAGUGGAAGUGGCUGGAAAGACAAGCUGUGACGAAAAACACAUUUCGGCAAUAUCGAGUACUGGGAAAAGGUGGCUUUGGUGAGGUCUGUGCUUGUCAAGUGCGAGCCACAGGGAAAAUGUAUGCUUGUAAGAAGUUAGAGAAAAAGCGAAUAAAGAAACGAAAAGGAGAGGCGAUGGCUUUAAAUGAAAAGCAGAUUUUAGAAAAAGUAAACAGUAGAUUUGUAGUUAAUUUAGCUUAUGCUUAUGAAACAAAGGACGCACUGUGCUUAGUUCUGACUUUAAUGAAUGGGGGUGACUUGAAGUUCCACAUCUAUAACAUGGGAAACCCAGGGUUUGAAGAAGAGCGUGCUGUAUUUUAUGCAGCUGAGAUCUGUUGUGGCCUGGGGGAUCUCCAUAAGGAAAACAUUGUUUACAGAGAUUUGAAGCCUGAAAACAUAUUAUUGGAUGAUUAUGGUCACAUUAGAAUAUCUGAUCUGGGUUUAGCUGUGAAAAUUCCAGAAGGAGAAACCAUUCGUGGAAGGGUGGGAACAGUAGGAUAUAUGGCUCCAGAAGUGCUAAAUAAUCAGCGAUAUACGUUGAGCCCUGAUAUUUGGGGUCUGGGAUGCUUAAUCUACGAAAUGAUUGCUGGUCAGUCUCCAUUUAGAGGACGAAAGGAGAAGGUGAAAAGGGAGGAAGUAGACAGACGAGUGUUGGAAACAGAAGAAAAUUACACCGACAAAUUCUCUGAAGAGGCAAAAUCUAUCUGCAAGAUGUUGCUAACCAAAGACCCCAAGCAAAGAUUGGGUUGUGCAGGAGGAGGUGCUUCCGAUGUGAAGAAAAACCCAUUCUUCCGGAAUAUCAAUUUCAAACGAUUGGAAGCGGGCAUAAUGGAGCCUCCGUUUGUUCCUGAUCCACGAGCAGUCUAUUGCAAAGACGUGCUGGACAUUGAACAGUUCUCCACUGUGAAAGGAGUAAACCUGGACCAGACAGAUGAUGAUUUCUAUUCAAAGUUUUCGACAGGCUGUGUUUCUAUUCCCUGGCAGAAUGAGAUGAUUGAAACAGAAUGUUUUAAAGAAUUAAAUGUGUUUGGUCCAAAUGGAAGCUUAUCUCAAGACCUUGACAGGAGCUACACCCCUGAACCACCCAAAAAGAGUCUGCUUCAAAGGCUAUUCCGGAGGCAGCUCUCAGCAAUACGUGAUGACCAUCAAGGACCACCUCUAGGUAUCCCCUUAUUUUUUAACGAUUACCCCCAGUACCAGACUCUGCCACAAGAAGACUCUUAUUUUUCAAUCAAGUUGCCACCUCCUCUUCUGAACGCCAGUGGAUACAAAUCUAUCCUUUAUUGACUUCAUUGAAAUGGAUGGAAUGAAUUUGAGAGGCUGAAUGGCUCGUGUUUCUAUAGUAUGACAAAAAUUUUACAUGACAUUAACCAGAGCGACGUUGUUUCAUUUUUGAUUUUCUAUUUUUGGCAGCUUCCCUUUGUAAGCAAAUAAAGUUUCCUGAAUUUGGACUAGCUCAGUGUGCACAUUUGCAAUUAUAUUUUUACCAUACUCAAAGUGCACACUACGAAUAUUCCUGUAAGCAAAUCCUGACUCUUUUUAAUGUUUGUUCUAUAAAUUUUCAUGAUACAAAGAAAUUUAGUCUAAAACAAGUACAAUGAUGUAUUUCCUUUAAUAAACACCACUCUGUACGCAAAUGUAUACAGAUCAAGAUGGAAUGUGCAGUUCUUUGUAGAAUUAGAUUCCAGCUUCAAAAUGAUGUUGCAAUUUCAACAGUUGACUCUUUGCUUCUUGUUGACAACAGAGCCUGAACGUUUGUUCUGGUGAAACAGUACACCAUUCAAUAAUUGACGAUAACUUCCGCAAGAACUUGUUUUCAGUUCAUUCAAUUGGUUUUUGAGUUUACAAUCUCAUACACUUUCACAUUCUUAAUAUGAAUUACCUAGUCAAUUUUUACUUAUCACGUAAAUAAGUAAUGUCAUUUUAUAUAUUUAGAGUAUGGUUAGACCCAUGGUGCUUCGCAAUGUAUAUUGGAGCUUGCAGAAGUUGCAAUAAUAUUUAUAAAGCAUCCGUGUGCAGAUAAACAUAUCAAGUUGUUUCACAGAGUACAAAGACAAUAGACACUGAGUUAAACACAAAUUAUUUUGGCCAGAAAGAUACUUGCUAAAGGGGAACUUGACAUGGGAAGUGAAGGUCAGCUGUCAGAUAUAGAAAAAGAAUUGAUGCAGUAGCCAGGAAACUUGUGCCAGACGAUGAGUGGAAUCUCAUGAGGUCCUGAUUGGCAUGUGCUCCAACAAGAAGCCUGAGAAUCACGGGAGAAGUUGAGUGAGAUCUUUCUCAAUAUACAGCCACUCACUGCAUUUUCCAGCCAAGUUCCAGGUGUUGAGACAGAUUCUCACAAGGUAACAAUGAGGUGCCUGUUAGCGGGGAUUAUUGCUCAUCCUCACCCUUACUAACUGCAUAUCUCACCGCAUUAGUAUGCAGCUUUUUGUCAACGACCAUGAAAAUUACCAACACGGAAGUCCAAGCGGAUACCUGGCGACUAUGCCUCGCCCCUUGCUCUUUUGAACUGGCAUCUUGAACCUCCAUUACCAACAUUUCAGGUCAUUCUCCAAGACAGAGGCCACACACGCCCCAUGUUCAACAUGUGCCAGUUGCUGUGCCAUCAUGGCACGUCUUCAAUCCAGUUACAGUGCAUACACUACUACAGUGUAAUGCUACACACUGAAAUACAGUAGCCAGUAUAAUUGGAAUACUCCUGCAAAGACACUGUGUUCCAGGCCAGACACCCAGGUCACAGACUGGACCAGGCAACCUCUCAGGGCUGCUUGUUUGCUCUUUUUGCACAACACUAAAUUUGCCCCUACCUGUGUGGGCAUAGCAAACCUCUCUUGCAAUUUUUUUUUGUUUUGUGUAUUACCCCCUCAUCCAGAGCUACCAGGAUCACAAUGCAACUGUCUAACCUUGGAGAAAGUGAAGACUGCAGAUGCUGGAGACCAGAGUU